AUGGCGACGCCCUUCCCCAGUGUGCCGGCCCCGUUGGAGGGCCAUGAACGGCAUGUGAAUGAGAGCGCCGAUGUUCUCAUGAAGACCACGGUGCAAAACCACCCGGAGAAGGUACUGCCUAUGGAGAAUGAGAAGAAUGUACUGGUCACAUCGGCGCUGCCCUAUGUGAACAAUGUGCCGCAUCUUGGUAACAUUAUUGGCUCGACCUUGUCGGCAGAUGUCUUUGCGCGGUACUCGCGCUCGCAGAACCGCAACACCCUGUACAUUUGCGGUACGGACGAGUACGGCACGGCGACUGAGACCAAGGCAUUAGAAGACAACGUCACACCGCAAGCGCUCUGUGACAAGUACCAUGCACUGCACGCGGAAGUGUACGAGUGGUUCCAGAUUGGGUUUGAUCACUUUGGACGCACUACGACACCGAGACAGACAGAGAUUGCGCAGGACAUUUUCCUCAAGCUGCACAAGAAUGGCUACUUUGAGGAGCAUUCCAUGCGCCAACUUUACUGCACACACUGCCAGCGUUUCCUCGCAGAUCGCUACGUGAACGGUAUAUGCCCCAAGUGUGGCUACGAUGAUGCACGUGGUGACCAGUGCGAUAAGUGCGGUCAGCUUCUUGACGCGAUUGACCUCAUUGAGCCAAAGUGCAAGCUGUGCAACAACACGCCGGAAGAGCGUGAAUCGAAGCACAUGUUCCUCCGCAUUGAUGCGCUGCAGCCCAAGACGGAGGCAUGGGCUGAGAAGGCGUCGAAGGAGGGCAAGUGGUCGUCGAACGGUUUGCUGAUCACAGAGUCGUGGUUCAAGGAAGGUCUGCGUCCCUUCUCGGUGAGUCGCGACUUGAAGUGGGGUGUGCCUGUGCCGCUGCCGGGCUACGAAGACAAGGUGCUGUAUGUGUGGUUCGACGCGCCGAUCGGCUACCCGAGUAUUACGGCGAACUACACAGAGGCAUGGGAGCGUUGGUGGAAGAACCCGGAGAAUGUACAGCUGUACCAAUUUAUGGGCAAAGACAACGUGCGUUUCCACACGGUGAUUUUCCCCUCGUGCCUGAUCGGUACGGGCGAGAACUGGACGAUGCUGCAUCAUAUUAACACCACUGAGUACUUGCAGUACGAGGGCGGCAAGUUCUCCAAGUCGCGUAACAUUGGUGUGUUUGGCGACAAGGCCAAAGACAUCGGCGUGUCGCCCAGUGUGUGGCGCUACUACCUCUUGUCCACACGCCCUGAAACAUCAGACAGUCAGUUCGUAUGGCACGACUUUGUGACGCGCAACAACUCGGAGCUGCUGAAGAACCUCGGCAACUUUGUGAACCGCAUUAUGACGUUUAUGAAGAAGUAUGACCAGCGCCUGCCGGCGAUGCCGCAAGGCCUGCGUCCUGGCACAGAAGGCCCGCUGUCGACGACCGGCGACGGUACGCCGUUCAGCGAACUGGUUGCUAAGUUUGUGGCGGAUGUGAAUGCGAUCCUGGCCAAGUACGUGAACUUCAUGGAGGUAGGCAAGCUCCGUGCGGGUCUGAAUACCAUGAUGGAGCUGUCGGCUCGUGGCAACCUGCUUCUCUCCGAUGCCGGUUUGGACAAUGCGCUGUUUACAAACUACCGCGAGCAGUGUGAUACGGUCAUUUUGCUCGGUACCAACCUGAUCUGGGUGCUUACAGCAUUGGUGUACCCCUUCAUGCCAUUGACAAGUGAUCAGAUGCUCGUGCAGCUGAAUGCACCGCCUCGUGCGCUCCCGAAGGACAAUGCAUUUGCCUUGGACCUGUUGCCUGGCCACAUGGUCGGCAAGGCAGCGCACCUGUUCAAGAACAUUGACGAGAAGCAAGCGCAGGCAUGGAAGGCGCAGUUCGGUGGUGAUAGUUCCAAGGAUCCGGAACCGACUGUGAGCAAGAAGGCGGCAGCCAAGGCACGCAAGGCGGCCGAGAAGGCCAAGGCGGCGGCGAUGCCCAACACGCCCGAAGUCAAGGCAGCGGAAGCCCUUGUGAAAGAGCAAGGUGAUGUCGUGCGUACGCUCAAGAGCAACAAGGAGACGCCACAGGUGGACUUGGACGCGGCUGUGGCCGAGUUGCUGAAGCGUAAGGAGGAGUUGCAAAAACAGGUAGAUGCGGCGCUCGCCGCACAGGCCCAGGCGGCCUUGCACACAUAG